UGUUGCCGGCGGACUUUGGCGCUCUGACAAGUUGCCGUGAAGCGCCCGAUGUCCCGGGACCUACUAAUUAUCCGACUCGGCCUCCAGAGAGACAGAGAGAGAAAGAGAAAUAGAGAGUAAACUCGCCUUUAUAGUACACACACCAUGUAAUAUCUCAUCCGUAAGCGCGUCAAUAAUAGUGAUGAAGGUUUAUGUUGGAAAUUAACAUACUGAAAUAAGCGAGACAGCUGGUGAAGGGCUUCACGGAUUAUUUCCCUCCAGUGAAAGGACGAACCCUUUUGAUUUAGGAUCCGAGAUCGCAUCACAAAAAAUAAUGACCACUGCGUGUGUAUUCCUCCCUGUGAACUGCAUAACUCUUUUUACGGAAUUUUCAUAGAAAUUCGCCGAUUCUCCCUCCAUGCUAAUCGCUUUUAUAUGCACCGAGGAAGGAGACUAGUGUAAUUUACUGCAUUAAUAGAUCAGUAAAGCCUCUGAAUCUGAUCACGAACCCUGGAAUGCUAAUAGAAAAUAUCUUUCACCGGAGAUGCUGUCAGCAUAUCACUUUCAUACGGAGGAUGGGACGUUUCGAGCUUGGAUCAGAAAUGUGGAAGCAAUCUGAGGUUCGGGAAACACGGGAAAUGAAAUCUGCGGAGUUACCAAGGAGAUCAUGAAAGUUAUAUAAUUAAUAUUUUAUCGCGAAUUUUCUACUAUAAGCUCUGAGAAAAGAAUGCGAUUUUGUUCACCGCUGGUAUUAUCAGCGUAAUCCUCACUCUCAAAGAAGUUUGCGCAAUAGGAUGCUCUCUUUUUGUGCUUGUUAGUGCUAUCAUGGAGAUUGGGUUUGAAUUUUAAACAGUUGAACAUUUUAUUUGAUUGAACUUGUUGUUGACCCUCAUUCCGAUGGAUUUAGGACCCUACGAUAACGUGGAGUUUCCGGUCCAGCGACAAGGGGCGAUAAAUUCCUGGGAGGGCGAGUCCGGGUACUCGAGCCCUCAACCCAAACCUUACACCCAGGCUGUGAUGCGGGACAAAGUGACGUCAUCUCUCGCCCCCGUGUUUGAGAAUGACGAUGGGUCCGAGAAUUCGGAACUUCCUAAAGUCGAGGACCAGAGACAAAAGGUAGUUGUGACUCCAGCCCCAGAACCCAUUCCCGUCGAAAAAAAGGAAACGGGAGUAAGUUACAACAAAGGGGUGUAUGUUAUCAACGAACCCAGCCAGAUGAACAACCACAAACCUCUACCCCUCGUACCCGCCACACCCAAACCAUUACCAUCACCCUCAGCCAACUCUAAGGUUAAGGACACAAAGACCGUCAUCAUUGAACAACCAAGAUCCAUAACAACGGCCUUGACCCGGGCCGAUUUCAAUCCAAGGUCACAACAGGUUCUUGACAAGGCCUACACAAGUCACAGACAUUUCUACAAGUUGAAUGAGACCAUUCUGGACCAAGCCAAUGAGAUGAAGGAGGAUGUAUGGGACUUGAAGGGACGGCCCGGAGAGAUGCUGACCUAUGAACAAUUAAUUCAAGGUAUGCUGGAGGAGGGGGAGAUGUUAGUACUGGGGGGAUCAUGGCUGUACUACAAUAACAUCGACUUUCUGGACGCAGAGGGGAAAGGUUCCAUUAAGCCAUCCAUUGGGAAAGGUCGUCUAUGCCUGACCAAUCAACGACUGCUGAUACUGUCUGCCGAAAGCGUGCUGGAUGCUGACCUGAGUGAGUACGGGGACCCCACGCGUACAGACGGGGGCUACAAGAUCCAGAUCGCCAAGUUCAACAGCGUCUACGUCCAGAACCUCCCGCUAGCCUGCUUACAGGGCGUGGAACUCUCGGUCAGUGUCGGUACGGCCGAGGAGAGCCGAGUGUCCGUCAGAGACCCCGUAUGUGACGGACUGUGUGCAUGUUUCGGGAUUGGACGUUGUGCCAUCACCUGGAGGAGGUCUGAUCCGCUCCCCAUUCUCAUCAACCGGCGUGUCCUGACCCUUGGGGUGAAGAUGCCACCGUGGCUGACCAAGACCUUGAUCGUUGUUCACUUGAAUCCGGAGAUGCCAUUGAACAUGGCUAGAGACUUUGUCGCCAAACUUCACCACCACGCCCCUCUUUAUAACGAGCGUGCGCAGGGCUACACCAGCGUGUGACGGAGUCCCGUGUGUGUCUAUAGGCAGUGUAGAUUUGUAAAUAAAUUAUCUAAAUGCA